AUAAUCACGCGCGGUGUUUUCUUUCAAAAUAAAAAUAAAUUUCUUAUUUAGUGUCGCCACCUUGUGUUUUCGAUUUUAUUUAUUAUUGGCUUGAGUUAUCGAGAGUUUGAUCAACAUGGAUGAAUUAAAUAUCAGCGAUAAAAUUGAAUUAUAUAAAUUCCUGAUAGCUAACGGGUUCGAAUCGAUUGAUGAGGAUCUUCUAAAUCAAUCCGCAUUAGCGAAUCAUGGCAAGGAAAAAAUCGAAAGAAUAUUGAACAACUAUCGAAAGUCGACUGAUACGGCUGGUUGUUUAGGUGAUUUGAUUUCUAACCUGUUAAAUAUGAAACAGCAUUAUAAAUGUGAAUUCUUCAAUACAGCAUUCGCCGACAUCAUGAUGAUAAAAGCCGAAUCAUUUCAUAAUUCUGAUAAUGAAUAUUGCCAGGUUUAUAAAUUCAUCGCGCAAUUACUUCAAGGUCAGCUUUCGGACCUGUCUGGAUUAAAUGAAAAGUCCAUGAAUAUAAUGUUGACUUUGAUCAGUGAUAUGCAUUCAUUAAUCAAUUCAAUAAAAAGCGAAGAAUUACUUGAAUCUGGAUCUGAAUCGGAGGAGAAACAUGAAAACGAAAAACAAACGCUUGAAACAUUACGAUCGAUGUUUAAAUUUCAGCGUAUUUCAGAAUUCAUGAAUCCAUUGAAUAUUUCGACCGAAAUGAAUGAUCAAUUAUUACGAUUGUUAUUAGAUGUAGAGACCAAACGAAUAGAAAAACCAUCAUAAUAUCUUACAUGAAUUAAAUGAAUUUUGAACUGUAAAUCAAUUAAAGAAAAUAAUUGAAUAAAUAAAAAUUUUGUAUAUUAAU